AUGGCUCUCGAAAUGAAAGCAGUGUUGGCAAUGGUGCUUGCCCUCUCGAGCUUUGUCUCACUGUCUACAUCUGCCAUUCCUGGAACCGCCACCUUUUACACUCAAUACGUUCCAUCUGCGUGCUUUGGAUAUGAAGAUGAAGGAACAAUGAUAGCAGCAGCAAGCGACUCACUCUGGAACGACGGAGCAGUCUGUGGAAGAAUGUUCAGAAUCACGUGCACUGGUGGCACCGCCACCGACAAUGGGGCGGCUCAGCCGUGUAAAGGAGGAAGCAUCACUGUCAAGAUCGUCGAUCGCUGCCCUUCUACGGCAUGCCACGCAACCUUGUAUCUCUCUCAGCAAGCCUUCUCCGCCAUUGCUGACCCUGUCCAAGGCGAAAUCAACAUUGACUACACCCCGUAA